GGUAGGAAGACAGCGCUUCCGGGGAGGCUGAGCAGCAUGGACGCCCGGGAGGAGCUGAGUGCGCACAAGCUGCUGGAGAGAAAAGUGCAACAUGAAGGACGAGGACUGCUGACUUCUCUCCACAAGCUCUUCGGGAACCAAAACACGCUGCACGUCCACGCCGUCAGCCGCCUCGAAUGCGCCGGUUCCUGCCCGGACCUGACGAUGAGCAGGCGGGACGUGGCGGACAUGCAGCGGCCUGCCCCCGUGGCCCUCACGCCACAGCUGGGCCCCAGGCUCCACCGGCCCCUGUGCGUGUCCGUGUCGUCCGACAGCAGCGGACGCUUCAAAGCCCUGCAGACACAGGAGUGGAAGAACAACCUCAAAGCUCAGAUGGAACAGGCGCACAGCGCGGGCGCCGCCAGCAGCACGGGCUCCCUGGAGCGCGCCUCCUUGUUCUACGCCUCGGGCGGUCCGGCCGAGCUCCUGAACAAGAACAAGUCUUCGGGCCGCUUCUCUCGCUUCUCGCCGCCGUGGAACAGCAGCUCGGAGUCGGACUCCAACCCUCCGUCGCGUAGCGGCUCCAAGAAGCUGCGGAACUACAGCCGGAGGGCGGCCACGGGCCCGGCCGGGGCGGAGCCCAAAGGCGGCGGCCCGCAGCAGGUCCAGUACUUCGAGCCGCUCAUCUCCAAGGUGACGGACUACAUCUUCGUGGGCAACCUCAACGCGGCGUACAACGGGCGGGCGCUGUGUCGCAACAGCAUCGACAGCAUCAUCGACAUGAGCGGGGCGCCGGGCGAGGCGGGGCCCAGCCUCAGCCUCAUCCCGUGCACCUGCUCCCGCGGCGGCGUGCGCCACAGCUGGUCCCGGCUGAAGGUGGACAUCGGCGACGUGAAGCAGCGCUGCUUCGAGGACAUCAACGACUGCAUCGACGCCUCGGCCCACAAGAGGAAGCGCGUGCUGGUGCACUGCCGCGACGGCUUCUCGCUGGCGCCCACCUGCGUCAUCCAGUACCUGAUGGUCAAGCGCGACAUGAGGCUCAUCGCCGCCUACGAGCUGCUCCGCGCCAAGUACCCGCUCAACAUCCGCGAGGGCCACCAGAACCUUCUGGUCAGCCUGGAGAGGACGCUGCGGCCCGGAGACGUGGACCCGCAGAGCUUCAAACAGGCCAUCUCCAGGAAGGUGGCCUGGACCUGACUCUUUGAUCCCAGUCCUGGAGAGACCCCCUGGAAACGACAACUGGUCUUCGGGUCGGCGCCAUCAGAACCUGUCAGAUUGGUGCUGGUGUGUUGCCUCUAGUUUUGUUUGUGUAGAUGUUCUGAUCCAACCCACAACAUGGACCUGCUGUGCCUGCUCUGUCCUCUGUGAGGAACACCUGCUGGCUUCUCAUCAGCAGAGUCCAGGAUGAGGUCCACGCCUCACACACUGCAGUUACAACUCAAGGCCCGGGUGCCAGAUUUGGCCCGCCACUUUAUUUUAUGUGGCCCGACACUUUGUUUAAUGUGGUCUUACACGUUAUUUAACAUGAUCCAUCACAUGAUUUAAUGUGGCCCGUCACGUCAUUUUAGAUGGUCCGCCUUGUAUGUCAUGUGGGCCGCCACAUUAUUUAACAUGGUCUGUCGAAUCAUUUUAUCAGGCCCGUCACCUCAUUUAACUUGGCCCGUCACCUCAUUUUGUUUGGCCCACUACAUCAUUUGUUUUGGUCCACCACGUGAUUUCAUUUGACCUGCCUUGUCAUUUUAUGUGGCCUGCCUUGUAAAUAAUGAGGUCCGCAACAUUAUUUAAAGUGGUCCAUCACGUCAUUUAAUCUAACCCGCCUUGUAUAUAAUGUGGUUCGCCACAUUAUUUAAAAUGGCCCGUCACGUCAUUUUAUUUGGCCCUUCACGUCAUUUUAAGUGACCUGCCUUGUAUAUAAUGUGGUCCGUCAUUUUAUUUGGCCCGUCACGUCAUUUUCCAUGGCCAGUCACAUAUAUAUUGUGGUCCACUACGUUAUUUAACAUGGUCUGCCACCUCAUUUUACGUGGCCCAUCACGUUAUUUUAUUUGGCCCGUUGCGUCAGUUUUUUUGGCGCUACGUCAUUUAAUUUGGCCUGUCACGUCAUUUUAGAUGGCAUGUAUAUAUUGUGGUCCACCACAUUAUUUAACAUGGUCUGCCACGUCAUUCUCAGUGGCCCGUCACCUAAUUUUAGCUGGCCCGUCUCAUUUUAUUUGGCCCUUCAUUUUAUGUGGCCCGCUACGUCAUUUUAUUUGGCCCGUCACUUCAUUUUACUUGGCCCGUCGCGUCAUUUUAUGUGGCCCGUCAUUUAAUUGGCCCGCUACUUCAUUUUAUUUGCCCUGUCAUUUUACGUGGCCCGCUACGUCAUUUUAUUUGGCCCGUCACUUCAUUUUACUUGGCCCGUCGCGUCAUUUUAUGUGGCCCGUCAUUUAAUUGGCCCGCUACUUCAUUUUAUUUAGCCUGUCACGUCAUUUUACUUGGCUGCUCACGUCAUUUUACUUGGCCCGUCAUAUAAUUUUAUCUGGCCCGCUACGUCAUUUUAUUUGGCCCGUCACUUCAUUUUACUUGGCCCGUCGUGUCAUUUUACGUGGCCUGUCAUUUAAUUGGCCCGCUACUUCAUUUUAUUUGGCCUGUCACGUCAUUUUACUUGGCUGCUCACGUCAUUUUACUUGGCCCGCCAUAUCAUUUUACUUGGCUGGUCACGUCAUUUUUCGUGGUCCGCCACGUGAUUUAAUGUGGCCCGUCACGUCAUUUUAAGUGACCUGCCUUGUAUAUAAUGUGGUCUGCCACAUUAUUUAAUAUGGUCCGUCACGUCAUUUUAUUUGGCCCGUCACGUCAUUUUACGUGGCACGCUACGUCAUUUUAUGUGGCCUGCCUUUUAUAUAAUGUGGUCCGUCACAUCAUUUUAUUUGGCCCGUCACAUUUUACUUGGCCUGUCGCGUCAUUUUACAUGGCCCGUCACGUAUAUAUUGUGGUCCACCACAUUAUUUAAUAUGGUCUGCCACAUCAUUCAAUGUGGCCCGUCACCUCAUUUUAACUGGCCCGUCUCCUCAUUUUAUUUGGCCCGUCAUUUUAUGUGGCCCGUCACGUCAUUUUACUUGGCCCGUCGCGUCAUUUUACGUGGCACGUCAUUUAAUUGGCCCGCUACUUCAUUUUAUUUGGCCUGUCACGUCAUUUUACUUGGCCCGUCAUAUCAUUUUACUUGGCUGGUCACGUCAUUUUUCGUGGUCCGCCACGUGAUUUAACGUGGCUCGUCACUUCAUUUUACUUGGCCCGUCUCGUCAUUUUACGUGGCCCGUCAUUUAAUUGGCCCACUACUUCAUUUUAUGUGGCCCGUCACAUCGUUUUACUUGGCAGCUCACGUCAUUUUACUUGGCUGGUCACGUCAUUUUUUGUGGUCCGCCACGUGAUUUAAUGUGGUGUCACGUCAUUUUACUUGGCCCGUCACAUCAUUUUAUUUGGCUGCUCACGUCAUUUUACGUGUCUUGCCAUAGUGUAUAUAAUGCGGUCCGCCACAUUAUUUAACAUGGUCUGUCACGUCAUUCAUUGUGGCCCGUCACAUCAUUUUAUGUGGUCUUUAACGUAUUUUAACGUGUCCCGCCACAUCAAUUAGUGUGACUUGCUAUUUCAUUUAAAGUGGCCCGCCACAUCAAUUUGUCGUCUGCCACAUCAAUUAAAUUGGCCCUCUGAGGGCUGCCAUAAUUGCAGCGUGGCCCUCAAAAUAAAAGGAGUUGACAGCCGUGUUGAAGACUGAGUCACACAAACAUUUGAUGGUUGUUUAAGCGUCACGUUGUUGUUUACCUACCUGCCUAAGAAGGAAGGACCAAGGAGAUGAUCCACUUCUUGGAAACCACCACUGUCCAAAAGGCGGACAUUUUUAUUUCUGUUUGACACUAAUCAGCUUUGUCUGCUCUUCUUACACAAUCCCAUCCAUUUUGGGGCCCCGUGGUGUGUAAAGAAGCGCACACGGUGUCAGUGAACGAAUGUCUUCCCAGCCCCUUCCUGCUCCAUCAUUGAUCAGAAUAUAACGGCACCCCACUUCCAUCCUGUGGCGUGGCGUUCAAAUCCUGCUGUGAGUUGAGUUAGGAAGGAUAGAAAAUGUAUGUUAAUGAUACUAAAAAUUUUACUUUGCACUAAAAAAAAUAAAAAUUUUAAUUUAUUUUAGUACCAAAUUUGCAUCUAAUUCCGGGGUGUCCAAACUUUUUCCACUGAGGGCUGCACACUGAAAACUUAAUGCACACGGCGGCCAAUUUGAUAUUUUCUUUUUUCAAAACCAAUAAAAUAUAUUGAUUUUCUUCUUUUACGUUUAGGGCUCCUCUCAAGUUUGGUACCAGGGACCUGUUUUAAAAAAAUGUAUUUCAACGCUUAAAUCUCUAGAUCAACUUCAGAUCUGUCGAUACGAAGUUAGGAUUUUUUAUGGCCUUUUUUUUUAACUAAAGAAAACUCUGUUUUUAUGGCAAAAACACAAAAUAUGCAAUACUUCGCCUCAAAAAAUGGCAUCGUGGAAUAUUUGAUAAGUAAUUGGAGACUUAAAUAGAUCGAUAAUUCAUAACAUUGAUUUUAAAUCUUUUUAUUUUUUUAGCAAAAAAAAACAAGUCCAACCAAAAUUAUUGGGGAUCCACUCAGAAGUGUUCAAAAU